AUGUUUCCUGUUGUUCUUGUCUGGGAGAUACUCUUAAUUUGGACAUUUUCUCUUCUCAUUUCAGAUGACAACACACUGCAUGGCCCAAUUUUUAUUCAAGAGCCAAGUAAUGUAAUGUUCCCUUUGGAUUCUGAGGAGAAAAAAGUGAAGCUCAGUUGUGAAGUUAAAGGGAAUCCAAAACCUCAUAUCAGGUGGAAGUUAAAUGGAACAGAUGUUGACAUUGGUAUGGAUUUCCGCUACAGUGUUGUUGAAGGCAGCUUGUUGAUCAGUAACCCCAAUAAAACCCAAGAUGCUGGAACAUACCAGUGCAUAGCAACAAACUCCUUUGGAACAAUUGUCAGCAGAGAAGCAAAGCUUCAGUUUGCUUAUCUUGAAAACUUUAAAACAAGAACAAGAAGCACUGUGUCUGUCCGUCGAGGUCAGGGAAUGGUACUCCUGUGCGGACCGCCACCUCAUUCUGGAGAGCUGAGCUACGCGUGGAUCUUCAAUGAAUACCCUUCCUAUCAGGAUAAUCGCCGGUUUGUUUCUCAAGAGACUGGGAACCUGUACAUUGCCAAAGUAGAAAAAUCAGAUGUUGGGAAUUAUACCUGUGUGGUUACCAACACAGUAACAAACCACAAGGUUCUGGGACCACCCACACCCCUAAUACUGAGAAAUGAUGGAGUGAUGGGUGAAUAUGAGCCAAAAAUAGAAGUACAGUUCCCAGAAACAGUCCCGACUGCAAAAGGAGCAACGGUGAAGCUGGAAUGUUUUGCUUUAGGAAACCCAGUACCGACUAUUACCUGGAGAAGAGCUGAUAGCAAGCCGAUAGCAAGGAAAGCCAGAAGACACAAGUCCAAUGGGAUUCUCGAAAUUCCUAAUUUUCAGCAGGAAGAUGCUGGUUUAUAUGAAUGUGUGGCUGAAAAUUCCAGAGGGAAGAAUGUAGCAAGGGGACAGCUAACUUUUUAUGCGCAACCUAAUUGGAUUCAAAAAAUAAGUGAUAUCCAUGUGGCCAUGGAAGAAAAUGUCUUUUGGGAAUGCAAAGCGAAUGGAAGGCCCAAGCCUACGUACAGAUGGCUAAAAAAUGGUGAACCACUGCUAACUCGGGACAGAAUUCAAAUUGAGCAAGGAACACUCAACAUAACAAUAGUGAAUCUGUCCGAUGCUGGCAUGUAUCAGUGUGUGGCAGAGAAUAAACAUGGAAUUAUCUUUUCCAGUGCAGAGCUUAAUGUUAUAGCUGUAGGUCCAGAUUUUUCAAGAACGCUCUUGAAAAGAGUAACCCUUGUGAAAGUGGGAGGUGAAGUUGUCAUUGAGUGUAAGCCAACAGCUUCUCCAAAACCUGUUUACACCUGGAAGAAAGGAAGGGACAUAUUAAGAGAAAAUGAAAGAAUUACCAUUUCUGAAGACGGAAACCUCAGAAUCGUCAAUGUGACUAAAUCAGAUGCUGGGAGUUACACGUGUAUAGCCACUAACCAUUUUGGAACUGCUAGCAGUACUGGAAACUUGGUAGUAAAAGAUCCAACAAAGGUAAUGGUACCCCCUUCCAGCAUGGACGUCACUGUUGGAGAAAGUAUCGUUCUUCCUUGCCAGGUGACUCAUGAUCACUCCCUAGACAUCGUGUUUACUUGGUCAUUUAAUGGACACCUCAUAGACUUCGACAAAGAUGGGGACCACUUUGAAAGAGUCGGAGGGCAGGAUUCAGCUGGUGAUUUGAUGAUCCGAAACAUCCAGCUGAAGCAUGCUGGGAAAUAUGUCUGCAUGGUCCAAACGAGUGUGGACAAGCUUUCUGCUGCUGCUGACCUGAUUGUAAGAGGUCCCCCAGGGCCCCCUGAGGCUGUGACUAUAGAUGAAAUCACAGACACCACAGCUCAGCUCUCCUGGAGACCCGGGCCUGACAACCACAGCCCCAUCACCAUGUACGUCAUUCAAGCCAGGACUCCAUUCUCCGUGGGCUGGCAAGCAGUCAAUACAGUCCCAGAACUCAUCGAUGGAAAGACGUUCACUGCAACUGUGGUGGGUUUAAACCCUUGGGUGGAAUAUGAGUUCCGCACAGUUGCAGCCAAUGUGAUUGGGAUCGGGGAGCCCAGCCGUCCCUCAGAGAGACAGAGGACAGCAGAAGCACUCCCUGAAGUUACCCCAGCUAACGUCAGUGGUGGAGGAGGCAGCAAAUCUGAACUGGUUAUAACCUGGGAGACAGUCCCUGAGGAGUUACAGAACGGGAGAGGCUUUGGUUACGUGGUGGCCUUCCGGCCCUAUGGCAAAAUGAGCUGGAUGCUGACAGUGCUGGCCUCUGCCGACGCCUCCAGAUAUGUGUUCAGGAAUGAGAGUGUGCGCCCCUUCUCUCCCUUUGAGGUGAAAGUGGGCGUCUUCAACAAUAAAGGGGAAGGCCCCUUCAGUGCACCCACGGUGGUGUAUUCUGCAGAAGAAGAACCCACCAAACCACCAGCCAACAUCUUUGCCAGAAGCCUUUCUGCCACAGACAUUGAAGUUUUCUGGGCCUCUCCCCUGGAAAAGAACAGAGGACGUAUACAAGGUUAUGAGGUUAAAUAUUGGAGACAUGAAGACAAAGAAGAAAAUGCUAGAAAAAUACGAACAGUUGGAAAUCAGACAUCAACAAAAAUCACCAAUUUAAAAGGCAGUGCACUGUAUCACUUAGCUGUCAAAGCAUAUAAUUCCGCUGGGACAGGCCCCUCUAGUGCGACAGUUAAUGUGACAACCAGAAAGCCACCACCAAGUCAGCCCCCUGGAAACAUCAUAUGGAAUUCAUCAGACUCCAAAAUUAUCCUGAAUUGGGAUCAAGUGAAGGCCCUGGAUAAUGAGUCGGAAGUAAAAGGAUAUAAAGUCUUGUACAGAUGGAACAGACAAAGCAGCACAUCUGUCAUCGAAACAAAUAAAACAUCGGUGGAGCUUUCUUUGCCAUUUGAUGAAGAUUAUAUCAUAGAAAUCAAGCCAUUCAGUGAUGGUGGCGAUGGCAGCAGCAGUGAACAAAUUCGAAUUCCAAAGAUUUCAAAUGCCUACGCAAGAGGAUCCGGGGCUUCCGCUUCGAACGCGUGUACGCUGUCAGCCAUCAGUACAAUAAUGAUUUCCCUCACAGCUAGGUCCAGUUUAUGACAAAAGUUAUCUAAAGGACUUGCUGUUUAUAAUAUAAGCAACAUUUAGCUAGUUGUUUUGAAGACACCCAGUACUAAGUAAUAUUGUUGUUCGAGUACAUCUUAUUACCGGAAAAAAAAAAAUGUUUUUUGCUUCUUUCGGAAUGGCAUUAUACAGUACUUCCUCAAAGCAGACCUAGCUUUGUCUGAAGUUUCUUUGGAGACUCUGCAAUGCACUGAAGACAUCUGUAAUAUGAUGUUACCAAAGCAGUUUACAUAUGUCCUUAUAUGCAUAUUUUUAUUAUAUAUUUAGUGUUUUAUAGAAUUUUUUAAAGUUAACAUAUAAUGUAGAUAUUAAUUUUUUCCUCUGCUGUAAAAUGCUAUGGGCAACACAGUCAUGCAAUUAUAAUUUGAAAAUAUUUCCUUUAAAAACAGAGCUUGAAACUCAUCUUGAUUAAUAAAUGGCAAAAACUGCACUUGUACAGUUGUAUGAGGAUCUAGUGACGGAACAGCUAAAGAUUUGGUCUCUAAUUCAAGGCUGCCGUAGGUGAACCAUCUUUGGAUGGUUCAUGCAUUUGGAUGUGUAUAAUAUGUUUUCCAGCCCCCUUGUGAAUUUUGUUGUUCAACACAACUUGAGAUGGUUUCAAGAAUGGCUGUAAUCUCAAAAACAAAAUGGACGGCCUGAGAGGCAUCUUGUGCAAUACUCCCAUCCCUGAAGUUAGCAUUGUACAGUGAGACUUUCUUUUCCUCAGCUAAGUUAGCAUUGUCUUUGUAGUAGCAUUAUUAGACAUUAAAUCUGAAGUUACAUAGCCUGUAGUAACAUAGGCCAAAAGUUACUAUAGUCAAUCAAGUCUUUCAAAGGGUACAAGAUAAUUUUACUAUCUUUAAAUGUAUCUGUUUUGAAUGUAAAUUUUUUAAAAUAAGUAAUUCUCUGUCAAUGGAUUCAUAAUUUCUUCACACAAUUUCUUAUAUAUUAUACGUGUAUCUCUGUAACAAUAGAGCCCUUCUUUUGAAUGAAAAUUACAUACCGAGUUUGGACGAUUUCUCCUAUUUCAGCAAAUAGUUGCCACAAAGAAUUUUUCAUAUGACUCUAUAAAAGAUCUUUAGUAUAAUUAUAUGGUAUCUUUAUGACUCUCCUGUUUUGCAAUAGGUAGCCUAGUUGCUUUAUAAGCUUUACCUUCUAAGUCUUAAAAUCACACAUUGGAAAAUGACAAUAUCAACAAAUCCAUAUUCUUAACAAAAGAACUAUUUGUUAUGAUGGGGGAGGUUUUGUAAGUGGACACUGGUGGAACAGUAAUAUAAGAGGCAAUGAAAUUUUCUAUAAAACUUUCACAGCAGCCACCUUUUCUUCUUAGAGAGCUCAAAUUUACCUGUAAUUUGUUAUUUUUGCUUACAAAUAAUAUAACUUAACUUUUCAACCUUCUAGUCAUAUUUAUCCAAUAAAGUCGUAAUCAGGAUUCCAUUUGUAUAAAAAUUAGGGUGGUAACCAGAAAAAAUAUUGUCAGUAUUUCAAUCUGUGUUCCUUUCUUAGUUUGAUAUGGUUACUUCUAUGUUAAAAUCAAAUAAUAUUUAAAAUCACACAUACAAAAAAAUCAACAAAAUAAUAAAAUGAAUGAAAAAAAAUGCCACCCCAGGUAGUCCCCAGCCCCAGUGUAAAUGACAUUUACCAGUGAUCUAGCAUAUGUAAUCUUUUUUUAAAGGUAUUGUUAAUAAAUAUUCUGUCAUUUGUAAA